CCGUCACUCCGGAAUUCUGCUCUGCGGGAGCUGAGGCCCCACCUGCAGACCUGCUGCUUACCUGGGCAGGUGCCUCCUCCCAGCCCAUCUGCACAGCCGGCCUGCGGAGCCCUCCUCAGGGGCCAUUGGCCCUCACCUGCCACCGUUGAAGGGAUGCCUGCCCCUGCUGUCCCCACCUCAGCCAUGGCCGUGCAGGUGCCCCUGUGGCACCACUACCUGCAGGCCAUCCGGUCGCGGGAGGCGCAGCGUGCCCAGGACUUCCAGCGUGCAGAGAACGUGCUGCUCACGGUGCUGGAGCGCGUGCAUGCCCUGGACCCCCGCUUCAUCGUGGACUACUCCCGCGGCCUGGAGGCCUUCCAGUUCGCCUUGCGCUCCUCUGAGGACCCGCUGGACAUGGAGGUGCCCCUGUGGGUGGAUGCCGAGGCUCUACUGAUUGAGGAACCAGAGGCCACCCAGCCAGAGGAUGGCCCUGAAUUAUGCCGACUGGGUGUGCCCAGGGAAGGGGCUGGCCUGGAGCGGUGGACCACCAACGAUAUCUUCACUGCCUCCUCGGAGGGUGAUGCCAAGUGCCGUGGACACAUUGUGCCCAGCAAGGUCCUGUGUGUCCUCAAAGACUUGCUGGUGGCAGCCAUCGUACACUGCAAGCACCACAGUCUCAUCAAGCCAGGUUCGCUGAACGCGGCCAGCCUGAGGGAGGAGCGGCUCCACCUGUCCUUGCUGGUGUCCAGCGGCUGGAGAACAAUCAACUUCCGCGUGGUGCCCGUGGUGAGAAGGAAGCUUGGGGCGCCUGCCCUGGAGGGGGCCCAGCAGAUGCCUGGGUUCCCUGAGGGCAGCUUGAGAAGGAUCCUCAGCCAAGGGGUGGACCUGGUGCCGGCCAGCACCCAGCUCUGGAGGACCUCCACUGACUACCUGCUCACCAGGCUGCUGGGGGAGCUGGGCUCCCUGCAGGGCCAUCGCCUGGACAGCCUCUCCAUCCUCGACCGGGUCAACCACGAGAGCUGGCGAGACGGUGGCCGGACUGACGGCCUGACCUUUGGCCACCUGAAGACGGUGCUGCUGUGGGCCUCCGUGCUCUUCCCAGCGCCCGAGGACUGGGCAGAGCUACAGGGCGCCGUGUACCGCCUGCUGGUGGUGCUGCUCUGUUGCCUGGCCACGCGGAAGCUGCCCCACUUCCUCCACCCUCAGCGCAACCUGCUGCAGGGCAGCGGCCUGGACCUCGGCGCCAUCUACGAGCGUGUGGAGGGCUUCGCCAGCCAGCCCGAGGCGGCCCUGCGCAUCCACGCCACUCACCUGGGCCGCAGCCCCCCGCCGCGCAUCGGCUCCGGGCUCAAGGCGCUCCUGCAGCUGCCGGCCAGUGACCCCACUUACUGGGCCACUGCCUACUUCGACGUCCUGCUGGACAAGUUCCAGGUCCUCAACAUCCAGGAUAAGGACCGGAUCUCUGCCAUGCAGAGCAUCUUCCAGAAGGCCAGGACUCUGGGCGGCGAGGAGAGCUGAGCUGGGCCACCUGGUCUUGGCCACCUGUUCUCGGCUGCCUGACAGACUCUGCACUGCACCAUGGGAGGCUCCUGGGACAUUUGGAAGAAGGAAUGGGCUUCUCAUUGAGGGGGACAGUGGAGGGAUUUUGUCCCCAGGAGUGGGCUUUCAGAGUCUUUCAGUGCCUGGUGGGGCAAGGCAGCCCUCUUGGAGCACCUCCUCCCUGGGUCAGGGCCUGGAUGCAGGUGCCAAACCCCACGUAGUGCAUGCUGACCCAGCCACAUGGUGUUGUUAAGCAAACAGCCUCGGCAGGAGACCUGGAGCUGAGGGCUUGGCCCUGCCUGCACUGUGUGCCAUUCCUUGGAGAAGAAAUGCUGUAUAUUUGAUCUUGAAAAAAUGAAUGUGCUGGGUAUACCCAGCAGAAAGGG